AUGUUCUCAGUCUACCUCAACACACAAUCACUGUCGGCCGCGAUGCUCUUCACUGGAAUCAUCCUCGCGCCAGUAGCACUCGCCACACCGGCAGUCCAAGAUCUCAACGACUUGAGGACGGUAGUUGAUGCAGCAGCGAAAACGAUCGGAGAUCCUAGCAAUCCCAAUCGAGGUUGGGGCUUCAAUAUUGGCAACAAAGGGAUGGGCACUGCGGACUUGCUCAACAACAUCACGAACACGGUGCUGCAGAUCAAGUUUCAGAUCGACACGAAUAAGACUGACAAGAAGCAGACCGCAUGGCUCCUUCCAAAUGCCACCAGCCCUGACCUCAACACCACCACACCCACGCCUUCGUUGCCGCUGACCUCCAGCAUCGUCCUGCCAUUAACAGCUCCAACCUCUCUAGUCAACGCUACAACUGACCUCUCGACACCAUACAUCGACUAUGUCGCUGCCAUCCCCAACCUCGCUACAUCUCUAACAUCACUGGGCCGGUACAUCUUCACCCAUCCUUCCUUCUUUCACAUAAGCCAAGCCAUCGACGGCCUCCAACAAUCCCUCACAACCCUGCAAACCACAAUGCUGCAGAGCGACCUGAUCGGCAGCCAAGCGGUCCUGCGCACCAUCCGCGCAAGCAGCAGUCUUGAGAACGCUCAGGUGGCUUGGGGCCGCUUCCUCAAUCUCCCGGGACGUGCAUCGGCUGGUGGCUCGGGGAGCGGGAAUGAUGACCGUGAGGGUGCGAGGAAGCGUCAGCUUUUGAGACCGGCGCUGGCGGAUGGCAAGUUCUAUACGCACAAGGAACUUUGGGGACGCAGUGAGGGGAGAUCCAAGGCAUUGAGGGAUGGUAAGACGAGGUGGGCGGAGGCUGUUGCGAAGUUGGAGGCGCAUAGGGCGAGGGUGCUCAACGGGCACGCGAGAGUUGGACGGCCGUUCGUUGUUUGA